CCUGCUAAGCUCCACUCUACAAGGACUUCUUCACACAGCAUGGAGCUGCUCGCCAGAACCCUGUUUCUGUGCUUUACAUUCACCCUGACUUAUGGAGCACCGAGCCCCCCACACGAUGCAGCCACAGAAGAUGUUGAUGCUGCUCUCCCUGAUCGCUGUGGAGGUCUUGAGUUUGAUGCCAUCACUCCAGAUGAGAAAGGAAUGACUUUCUUCUUUAAAGGUAGCCACUUGUGGAAAGGGUUCACUGGCCCAGCUCAGCUCUCCAAUGAGUCCUUCAGGGAGCUCGAUGACAUCCAUCACAUUGGCCAUGUUGAUGCCGCCUUCCGUAUGCACAACCCCGAAAACACAGACGACCACGAUCACAUCUACUUCUUCCUGGAUGAUAAAGUGUUCAGCUAUUAUAACCACACUCUGGAAGAGGGGUAUCCAAAAGAGAUUCACCUGGAUUUCCCAGGUAUCCCCACUCACCUGGAUGCUGCUGUGGAGUGUCCCAAAGCAGAGUGUGGGGCCGACUCGGUCCUGUUCUUCAAAGGAAAUGAUGUGCAUGUUUAUGACAUCAGCACAAAGACGGUGAAAACAAAGGUGUGGCCUCACCUGCCCGUCUGUACCGCUGCUUUCCACUGGCUGGAGCACUACUAUUGUUUCCAUGGACACAACUUCACCAGGUUCCACCCGCUCACUGGAGAGGUGAGCGGCUCCUACCCAAAAGAUGCCCGCAAUUACUUCAUGAUUUGCCCAAACUUUGGUCAUGGAGAUCGUUCAAAAGUCCUUAAAUGCAGUGACGUCAAACUAGAUGCCAUUACCUCUGAUGACGAAGGCAAAACAUAUUUUUUUGCAGGCCCCAUGUUUAUGCGCCUCGACUCCCGCCGCGACGGCCUCCACGCCUUCCCGAUAACCAGAACGUGGAGGGAAAUGACGAGCGGGGUCAACGCUGUGUUUUCCUACACUGACAAAAUGUACAUGAUUAAGGGUGAUCAGGUUUACAUCUUUAAAGGAGGAGCUCACUACACCCUGAUCAGCGGUUACCCUAAAACUCUGAAGGAGGAGCUCAGCAUUGAAGGGCCUGUGGACGCUGCUUUUGUCUGUCCUGAUGAACACACAGUUAAUAUCAUUCAAGGAGAAAGGAUCCUUUACGUCGACUUAACCGCCACGCCAAGGGCCGUGACCUUUAACCUGACCAUGCCGGUGAACAACAUUGACGCAGCUCGUUGUGGUUCAGAUGGAAUUGAGUUGUUCAUGGGCUCAAAGUUUUUUAAAUAUCUUGAUGUCGCGACGCUGACUAUGACCAGACUCCGCCCGAUGCCUCUGAGUAUUACCUCUGAAAUGAUGGGAUGUCAGGAUUAGGGACCAAUGAUCCAGACUGUUUAAAUACACCUAAACACUAUGAUGAAUUAAUGAAUAAAAAGUGGAAAACUUAAGAUCUUGAA